GGGUUGCUAAUUUACACCAAACCUGCAGACUGUGUGGUUAGCUUUUCGUCUACUUUCUCCAAUCGUAAAGGAAAGAGCCGGGCUAAGAGCAGAAACAAUGAAGACUUCUAUACUGAAAAUAGCCGUAUUUUCCAUUUUACAGGCUCUACUUUCUUUGUCCGUUUUCCAAGACUUGGUAGAAGCAGCCGAUGGACGAGGCUUUGGAGAUCACAUCCACUGGAGGUCACUGGACGAUGGCAAAAAGGAAGCCCAGGCCAGUGGUUUGCCAAUGAUGGUCAUAAUUCAUAAGACCUGGUGUGGAGCCUGCAAAGCAUUGAAGCCCAAGUUUUCAGAGUCCAAGGACAUUUCUGAACUUGCACACAACUUUGUCAUGGUCAACCUUGAGGAUGAGGAGGAGCCAAAGGAUGAUGCCUUCAGCCCAGACGGAGGAUACAUUCCCCGCAUUCUCUUUCUUGAUCCCCAUGGAAAGGUCCACCCUGAAAUCACCAACAGAAAUGGCAAUCCAAACUACAAGUACUUUUACAGUAAUGCAGACCAAGUUGUGUCUGGUAUGAGGGAGGCACAGGAGAGGCUGACCGGAGAUGCUUUCAAACGGCAUAGCGGAGACGAGCUCUGAAUAAAAUCCAUUUCACAUCAGGCUGUAAGGGCUACCACACAACCCUGGACAACCAAUAACUAUAUUGAGACUUGGGCUGCACAAUAUAAGGAAAUAAGAACGUUAAGUAAUAGGGCUGUGGGAGUCAUUGAAUUUAAUCAUGAUUACUAUUAUUGCUUCAAUCUUUUACAAAAUGGGUGUUACUGGGGAAAGAAAAUCUGUUCUGAAUUAUAUGGAAGCUAGUUCUGCCCCACCAAACCUGUAGUAGAGCCACUCAUCUAAUCUACAGAGGAUUUUAAACAUGCAUAAUAUGUUACAGUUGCAAAUAUCACAAAUAAAUAAAGUCUAUUUUUCUUUUGUAGGUUAUGUUUUGACAAUCCAAAAUUAAUUAUAAUAGUUACAUCCUUGUCGAAGCUUCUCACAGCUGUCAUUAUUCACUUGCUGGUGGUAAACUACUACUGUAGCCACAGUUGCCCUGGGGCAGAUAGAAGUGAGGCUGCUAGUCUGCGCCAUCUGCCCCUCCAACCACCGCCAACACUCACUCAAGGUUAAAUUACAGCUAAAACAACUGAAUCUUAGUUGAUGUUUUAAUUAAAGAAGCGAAUAUAUUGUGCAGCCCUGGUUGAUUAAGAUAAAGGCAGCAGUAUUUGAUUUCUUACACUUUUCUGCCUGGUAACGUUAAAAUCACGUGAUACUGUACUUUACUGUUUUUCUCUGAAUGCCAUAAGACUGUAACUUUGGUCUGUAGAGGAUGGACAAUUACACAAUAAAGCCAAGUAGUUUUUCAAGUUACAUCUGUUAACAUUGUGCAAAGGAAAGCCUGCGUCAUGGUAAAAGCCAAGAUUUAAAUAUGGAAUCAAGUGCCAUCAGAUUUAUGUUGUAAUAUUUUUGUACCAUGUUCAGAAAUGGGGUUAAAAUUUUGACUGAAUCUUCCUGGAAAAAAAACAAAAAACGGUGUACAAGCUGAAAAUGAAAAUUACUAAUAUUGAUAAAAAUAAUAAAAUAUAUUUAAAAAAAAUUAAUGGCACAUCUAAAGUACGGUCAAAUAUUUGAAAUAUCAGUUUUGUAUCUUGAAAAAAUUGUGCUCAAUUUUGCAAUUACAAUUUAAAUACCUAAUUGCACACAAAAUAUUUGAACACUUUCUAAAAUUCUGUGCAUCAAUUGAAAUGAAUUUAAAAUGAUACAAAAUGUACCCAAAAUAUUGCCUUAAUUUUGUAUGUUGCAUUUAUUAUAGAAAAAAACUGGGUCAAAACUAUUAGUCCAAUGUUAUUUAGUGUUUUCACAUCAUUGAGGUUACAGCCUAUAACUAAAGAUGCAGGACAAAUCAAAUCUAUAACUAAUAAUUCAGUCUUAUUUCUUGGGUAGACUCUAUGCAUUUUAUACUAUAAUGCAGAAUAUUAUGUAGGUACCAACCAUUUUGCUGGACUUUCUUACCCGCAGUGUUUCUAGAUGCUGUUAAAGUGCACAUGACUGGUUUGACUACUCAUUUCGCUAAAACGUGAGUAACAUUAAAGAGGGGGUAUCAUGCAGAAUCUAUUUUAUUUUCUUUCUUUUUUUCUGAGCUUUCUACCCUGUUAUAACGUUGUUCCCUCAGCAAAAACAUGCCUGAAGAGGUUUUAUAUGUCAUCCAUGUUUGAGUAUUUUAACAAUCUGUCCCGGGCCCUAUUCAAACCUUCCUUACAGUUAGCAGUAAUAUUCCGUGCAAUGCUCAGCCCACUAUGUCACUAUGUCACCCAUGCUCCUGCAUGGCAAGUGUCCAUAAAUAUACAAAAGCAGGAUACAAAACUGUACACAGCAACUUGACAAACCAGAUCCAAUGUGCAGUAGCUUCAUUAUCAUGAUGCCUGCUGUUUGCACUCUGAAGGCGGGGAGACUUCAUGUGGGGAGCAAAGGAAGGGGAGACACAGAGCGUCAAAAACUGAAGUGUUUCACUUCUAAAACUGAAUGUUUUAGAAGUGAAACUUCAUGUUGUAUUUUGUUUGUUUUUUUGGUGGGUGGGGGCAAAUAUAGCAUUUUCAAAACAAUAAAAGGUAACAUGGUGAUGGUAAAUAUGUUAUGUGUUAGCAGUUAAUACCUCAUAGAAGUAAAAUACCCCCUCCUUUUAAUGUUUUUACCUUGCAUUCUUGCAUUAAUUGUCCCUGUAUUUUGGAUGGAAUUUUACGUGUUAAUGCAAUAUGUAGAGGGAUUCUGUUUUGGAACUCACAGCUACUUCCUGUAUUUUUGUACUUUUCUUCUCAACUUUUUAAUACAAACUCCCACUUAAUUGAUGUAAAACUAUGGUAAAUAUUUACCAGUUAUAAUUAGAAAAACAUAAAAACCUGUCAUAUGCACUUUAAUCUCAAAUAGUUGAACCAGGUUUUUGCACCGUUAGCCAAGUCACCUCCAAACGUGCUUCCAUCGUCCUCUACAGCCUCCUUAUGUGAAAAUACGUAACACUUUCUCUUUAUUUAAACAAUAUGAACGUUCAUUUAAUCCUGACAGUUUAAGUAAUUCAGUUGUAACGUACUUUCUGUUGCUUGUGAAGUGACUUUUUGUAUUACUUGUGUUACUUAAAGGCAUAGUCCAGUGUUCUGUAAAAGUAUAGGCAUGUUUACAUAUUUGGGACGGGUGGGUUUGGAGUACCAGGGAAAUUAGAAGGUUGCAGGUUCAAUUCCCAGAUUGUGUGGGGUUUGCAUGUUCUUCCUGUGACUGGUUGGGUUUCCAGUUGUUACCAAUAGUUUCUUCCAUUAGCCUAAAAUAUACACAAAUGUUAGAACUCAAGCUAGGUACUCGUCUUGACCCCCGUGAUCCUGAUUCAAAUUGGAUUCACUGCUCCUGACCCAUAAGCAUUUAAGGAUGGGUCAAAUGCAGAGGACAAAAUUCUCUUUGGUUCAAAUAAGUUCUAAGUCAUGUCAUGUUACCAUAUCAGAGGUAUGGGGACCUAUUUUCAGAUUUUAAAAGAUGGUGAAAUUGGAAAAAAAACUUCCUAAAUUUAAAAUCUUUAAGAAUACCAUUAAAACAAGAUAAUAAUUGACAUGUUAUUCAGUAAACCGAUGUAUUUGUAGUUAUCACAUUUCUAACUCUGAACUCUGCCUUUAAACUUGUCUUGUUAAACUGUAGGGGAAUACAAUUGUUCAUUGUCUUGAUGUAUUUUAUACACAGCCAAAUGGGCAAAAUAAAGUUUGUGUAUUGAGU